AUGGUCGUUCGCAUUCGGUUCUCCCUUCAUGGCCCACCACAUCGCAAAAUCUUCCACCUCGUCGCCAUCGAGAAUCGCACCGCACGAGAUUCGAAGCCGAUCGAGCUGCUAGGCAUAUAUAAUCCUCAGCCGCGGCCGAACCCCGGUCAGCAGCACAAGACGAUGCAGUGGAGCCCUGAAAGGAUACGCUACUGGCUAUCGGUUGGGGCACAGCCGAGUAAGACUGUGGAAAGGCUCUUGGUGCUGGGCGGUGUCAUAAAGGAGUCUCCCUCCUCGGAUAAGGAGACAUUGUCAACACCGUCAUCUUCAGAAAACCCUGGUAUCAAAAUCGACGACGUCGACUGA